AUGUAUCUUCGAGCAGUCCACGCCGAGGGCUCUAUCAAAGCCCUGUUGGAAUUUAUCAGGCAAAACCCCCUCGGAAUCUUGACGACAGCCAUCUCAUCCCAAUCACACCCCUUCAUCCAAUCCAGCCACAUUCCAUGGGUCCUGGAUGAAAUCAGUGAUGACCCUGAUGCACCCGUGAAAGGCAAACUUCGCGGCCAUAUGGCUCGACAGAACCCACAAGCUAAGGCCAUCAUGGAAAACGCCGGACAAUCCUCGUCCCAAUUGACACAAGAUGUGAUGAUUCUCUUCACCGGCUCGGCCCACCACUAUGUGACUCCCAAGUUCUACACCGAGACCAAGCCCAACACCGCUAAAGUGGUGCCGACCUGGAACUACUCCGCCGUGCAGGUAUACGGCAAAGCGACUGUCCACUUUGACUCGACGUCUCCCGAGACCUCUAGCUACCUGUCGAAGCAGAUCCAUGAUCUCUCACAAUUGUGCGAGACCUCUCAGAUGGGGUACACUGGACAGGAUGGGAAGCCCGGGCCUUGGACUGUGGCCGAGGCACCGGAGCGAUACAUCGAUAUCAUGAAAAAGAACAUCAUUGGCAUCGAGAUUGCUAUCGAGAGCAUUGGAGGGAAAUUCAAGAUGAGCCAGGAGAGUACCCCGGGUGAUCGCGAGGGUGUCAUCAAUGGAUUCUCCAACCUUGGCUCGGACGUUGGCGACCAAAUGGCAAGCCUGGUGAAGGAGCGAUGUGCAAUGAAGGACGCGAGUAAGGCAUCAUGA